AUGGCGACGUCCCAGACGCAGGCGCGUCCUGCGUCGUCUGCCGCGUCCGGCGGGACCGGCAGAAAGGGGACCCGUUCGAGCGCGCGGUUGAGCUUGAACAGCCAGGAAAGAACCGAUGAAAACGGUCGUACCAAGCGAAAGGGAGCGUUUGACGAAGAUGUGGAAGGCUUCCAAUUCAGUUUCAAGAGCAAGAAGGCAAAACCGUCCGUAGAGCCUGUUCCAGAGGUUCCCCAGCCUGCAGAGGAUACCAUCCCGAAGCCGUCCCCGCGGAGAGGCCGGCCACCCAAGAAGCGCGCAGAGGAGAAAGCCGAGCUUCCGGCUGAGUCGAAGAAAAGAUCGGCAGAGGCGCCAUCAAAGAAACAGUCACGGGGCACUGCUAAAGUCGCCGCGCCCGAACCUGAACCUGAACCGCCUACCGACACGCGCUCGACGCGCAAACGCGACCACCUCGAAUCGAUACCCUCCGAGAAGAAACGGAAGAAAGGACGUUCGAGGACGUCAAAUGCCAAUGAUCACCGGAACGGCUAUGUUUCUCCCGAGCCACACUCCACGACGGCUACCAUCGCGCUGCCUAUGGCCGAUACGCCCGUCAUUCAGCGGAAUAAAGAGAUGAGGGGCGCAGCGAAGGGCUCGAAAGGAAACAGGCGAAGCAGUCUCGGCAUGAGGGGUCGUAGAGCUAGCUCUUUGAUUGAUUCUGGAGCGUCGAAUGGUGAGGAAGAUUUCCAACGUUUUUUGCGUGGCGGCGUGCUGACCGGGAUAACAGCAUUGCCUCACAAGGAGGUCAAUGCAGCGGACUUUUACAAACACAUUGCCGCUGAUCUUCCCGAGCCACGUCGAAUGAGGCAACUGCUCAUCUGGUGUGCUACUCGGGCAAUGGGACAGAAGCCGUCGGGAUCGCGCUCUGAAGACGAGAGUGCUCGUCUGGCGGCGCGUGUGAUUCAGGAGGAACUACUCAAAGACUUUUCCACCAACUCGGAACUUUCGAACUGGUUUGCACGGGAAGACGUGAAUCCUCCGGCUGUUGUGGUCAAGAAACCCAACCCCAAGAACGUGCAGAACACGGACAAGAUCAAGGAAUUGGAGGAACAGAUACAAAAGCUGCAACGAGAGAGACAGGCUCUCAACGCACUCCUUCGGCCACCCACCAUCCCCUCAAUCAAGACAGACGCGCAGCAGAGCACGAGGCUAUCUGGUCAAGAGCUCUCAAAAUCCGACCCCAAGCGACCUACAAAUGGGCUACCACCGGCACCUGGAUCGAUCGAUUCAUCGCUGUUGGACCCAUCCCAGCGGAAGCUCUUCGAGCUAUUAGGUUCAGAGGCUACGAAACGAUCUACGAGCGAGGCAUCCCAGGCAGAACGACAAUCCGCAGAGACCAGCAUGUCGGCCUCAUUAACGCCCGCCAUUGUAUCCACACGUCUCUCCCGCAUUACAACCACACUCGCCCCAACGCUCGACUCGUUUGCGGCCGGCAUGCACGAUAUCGAACUCUACCGGGCCAUGUCAGACACGGUAUCGUCCCGGGUACUGCGUAUCUGCGCGGAACGAUUAGACGAGCGGGACGCGAGAAACGCCAUGCGCCGACUCGCUAUAGAGGGAGAUGGCUCAAGCAAAGAGCUCAGUCUACGACAACGACCCAAGGAGGAUCUGGGGCUGAUUCUUGGUGCUUUGAGCCGGCUGGAGAGACGGUGA